AUGAUAAACGGGGACAGGUGGGGAAGAAAAGACACAGAGACACCGGAGAGCAUAGGUCAGGGCAGACACCGGGAGACGAGGCUGGUGAUACGUUCACAGCCCCCCCAGCGGCCUGGGAACUACAGGACAGACGUGGAGCAGCGAUGCAAGCAAACCAAGGUGGCAUACAAUGCUGGACACAAGCUAAGUAAAGGGACAGACGUGGAGCAGAGACGUGGAGUAGCGUGUGGCCUGUGGGACUCUACUUCAACACUUAACUGGAGGCUAACGACAAGCAACCUAACGACAAAGCAACCCAAUAGCAGGAUGAGCUCGGAUGGAAGGAAGGACGCUCCGCCUUAUAUGGUUCCAGUGGACGGACAGGGUGAUGGCGUAAAGGUUUACCAUGUCCACACACCCUUCACUCCUCCAGAGAGCAACCACCAACAGCUCCCAGUGUACACAGGUGGGUUGAACUCGUCUGCUCCUGAAAACGAUGGCAAAAACAAGUAUGUGAGCUACGACACCGCUCUGGGCUACAACCCCGGCAUGGCCACCUGCACCUCCUGCCAGCAGCAGGUCAUGACCAACGUGACCUACAAGGCGGGCCGCUACGCCUGGCUCAUGUGCCUGCUCUUCAUUUGCCUCGGCCUGGUCCUCUGCUGCUGCCUGAUCCCUUUCUUCAUGAACAAGUUUAAGGACGCGUACCACACGUGCCCCCGCUGUAACAGAGUGCUGCACAUUGAGAAGAGAAAGUGUUGUAAAUGA